AUGUGCGUUCUAAUGGUCCGUGUGGCCUUCACAUGCAAGGGCUGGGACCAGAUUUAUAACAAUAACCGAGAUGACAUCGUUGCUGGUGUCCGUAGUCACGUGCUAUUGACAGUAGCUGGUGUCAUUGUAGGGGACAGUUUUCUUGUUUGUGGGGCCAUUCUGUAUUCUGUAACUCUCUUCCUGGGUUCAAGCCGCUCGCCCGCCGCAGGGGCCGCCUCGGCGGAGCCAGCCUCGCCCCGCCCGCUCGGUGGUCGCGCGGCCGGCCGGCCGGGGGCGUCUAAUGGGCUGCCCGGCCCGCGUUCCGGGGAGUGGUCCCCGGCCGCGCUAAUGUGCGGUCGCCCCGCCCGCCAGCAGCUGGUGCCCCCGCGCCGACCCCGGGCGCCGAUCGAUACGCAUCAGGCGGCGGGCGGCCGGGAGCGCCCCCUCCCCCGGGCGCCUCUGGCGGUCGUUCCGGGGCCUCCCGCGCUGGGGCUGGUCCUUUUUGGAGGCCACACACUGCCCGCUCAGCUCAAAUCCUGGUCCGGGGCGCGGCGGGGCCGUGUCCCCGCGAGCCCGCGGCCGCCGGUAGGGGGCGCCUUGGUCAUGCAUUAUUCAUCGCUGAGCAGCCCGCCCGCCGCCUCCCUAGCUUUUCCCGCGCGGGCUGCGGGCUGCGCGGAGGAGCGGGAGCGCGGAGCCUUCACAAUAUUGUGGCAGCUCCGCGAGUGA